AGGACUUCAGAGGCAAAAGUCGUUUCCCCACCAGCAGUGAACAGAAGACAAAGUUCCCAUUGAGGGCUGCAGGUGGGUUUUCCGUGGGGGGGCAGCCAUGGGGUCCGGCCUGAUCCUGCUGCUGGAGGUUCUGCUGGUGCUGAUGGGGGCCCCCCUGGUGCCCGGAACAGAGAGGAGACCCCAGACCCCUGCCCCCCAUUUCGUGUACCAGCGGAAGUCCGAGUGCCGCUUCGCCAACGGGACGGCGGAGGAGGUGAUCCUCCUGGACAGGUACAUCUACAACCGGCAGGACUACGUCACCUUCGACAGCCGCCGCGGGACCUUCGAGGCCGUCACGGAGCUGGGGGAGCCCGACGCCCGACUAUGGAACAGCCAGAAGGAGACCCUGGAUGAUUACCGGGCCUCCGUGGACUACUUCUGCCGCCACAACUGGGGGGUCCUCGGAGGCUUCUUCGACGGCAGGAAGAUUGAGCCGACGGUGAAGAUCUCGCCCACCAAGGGAGACCCCCUGGCCCACCACACCCUGCUGAUCUGCACCGUGACCGGCUACUACCCCUCGGGGGUGACCAUCCGGUGGCUGAGGAACGGGCAGGAGCAGACGGAGGGGGUGGGGUACGCGGAGGAGAUCCAGAAUGGGGACUGGACCUUCCACAACCAGGCGAUGAUGGAGACGGUGCCCCAGCGGGGAGACCUCUAUACCUGCCAGGUGGAGCACAGCAGCCUGAAGGAGCCCAUCACCGUCCUGUGGGAGCCGCGAACGUCUGACUCUGCCAAGAACAAAGUGUGGGCGGGGGCCGUGGGGGCCGUGCUGGGGGUGGUCUUUGUGGCUAUUGGACUCUACCUCUACCUGAAGAGUAAGAAAGCGACUCCUCUCCAACCUCCCGCACCGCUCAUCAGUUAACCCUUCCUGCGCCAGGAUCCUGCAGGUGGAAAAGCAUUUCCUUAGCCAAGGGCCACCUUGCAGGGGUGAAGAUGGAUGAACGAAGGACUCCGGGCUCCCCUCCUCCUCCUCCUCCUCCUCCAACUCGGCUUCUUCUGCGUCCCUCUUUCCUGAUUUGUGGGGAACGGAGUCCCCCUGCCCGGCAGCAGAUGAGAAUGUUACUACCUUCAUCCAGGACUUGACUGCCCUCAAAUUGCCCCAGGAGAUUUGGAAGUUGGAUUGUGGGGAGGGUAGGAUUUUGGGAGGGGGGGGACUCGGCAGUGAUGUGAUGCCACAGCCCCCCCUCCCAAUAGCAGUCACUUUUUCCAGGGGACGACUGCUCUCUGCCGUCUGGAGAUCAUGUAUAAUUCAUGGAGAUCUCCAGGCAGUGCCAGGAGGUUGGCAGCAGCACUCGUCAGCUAGACAUUGGGUGAGAUCCCCCCCCUUGCCAAGAACAACCAGGGCCUUGUGUGGCCCCUGCGGGCUCUUCUCCGUUGACCGGGGGAGGGGGGGCUUCUGCACUCAGCCUCUGCGUGGCUUCCUCAGCAACCUCAACUGCAGCGUAAUUGAAAUUCCCAGCUCAGAUCCUCUUGUGGGGGAGGGGGGUUGCUGGGCUGCCUGAGAUUCCUGCCCCCCCCCCCCCUCCAGACCAGCUGAACGCUUCAGACUCGGUUGGGGCCUUCACGGGCAGGGGCUCCGAAUGGCUGUUGAAAACGAAUCACUGUUUUGUACAUUGAUCAUGAUUACUAUUGCUCUCUAAUCUGCGCUCACUUUUAUUGGAGGAAUCGCUCAAUAAAACAGGAUGGAUCUUG